UUAAUGAUUCAAGUCCUUUUACCAAAGUCUGCCGUAGUUGGAAGCCAAGCCCAAGACGGGUCUUAGAGCAACUCAACGCGUCCGAGUCACCUCCCUUCACUCGACUCGCUCCCUCAUCUUCUCCGUCGCCACACCGAAGCCCACCUUUUCUUUUUCAUUUUUCUUUUCCUUCUUCACACAAUUUUAACAGACCCCAUCGUCGAAACUUUUCGAUUCGAAGCAAACCUUGUCGCUUUUGGACCUACACAAUUAACCCCAUUUACUCGAUUUUGUUCUAUUCACAUUACCCUGAAAUCAACUAGCUGUUGCAACUAUUGCAGACAUGAGUUUUGUCUUCCGUGGAACGAGAGUUCCAGACAUUGAAAAUGGUCUAUCUGGAUUUAUACCUGAAAGGCGUGCAAUGCGGGUUCAUGCAGCACGUCCUGUUAACUCAAACUCGCUUGCCUUUCUUGUCACAGUCCUUUUGCUAUUCAUGAUAUUAAACUCUCACCAGAUGUCACCUAACUUUCUGCUCUGGCUUGUGCUUGGUGUCUUUUUGAUGGCUACAACAUUAAGGAUGUACGCAACUUGUCAACAACUUCAGGCUCAAGCCCAAGCUAGAGCUAUGGCAGCCAGUGGUCUUCUUGGUCACACUGAAUUAAGGUUACAUAUGCCACCAUCAAUAGCACUUGCAACUAGAGGGCGUUUACAAGGGCUAAGGCUUCAACUUGCUCUGCUAGAUCGGGAAUUUGACGAUCUAGAUUAUGAAACCUUGAGAGCUUUGGAUUCUGACAAUGCUCCGACAACACCUUCUAUGAGUGAGGAACAAAUAAAUGCUCUUCCCGUUCAUAAAUACAAGGUUUCUGGUCCUCAAAGCGACUCCUCUGUGAAUCAGCAGGCUUCAUCUUCAGAAUCUAUUGAGAAGAGACAAGAUUCAGUUAAUGCAGUUGGCAGUACCAAAACCUCUGAGGAUGAACUCACAUGCAGUGUUUGCUUGGAGCAAGUAAAUGUUGGUGAACUCAUACGUAGUUUGCCAUGUUUACAUCAGUUCCAUGCCAACUGCAUAGAUCCGUGGUUGCGACAGCAGGGAACAUGCCCAGUCUGUAAAUUCAGAGCAGUAUCCGGAUGGUCAGAACAGGAACAAGGCGAAACCGAUGCUUAUAUGGUUUAGUUGUGGAUGCAAAGCAAGUUAUCAAACAACGCUCGCAUCGAGCCUUUAUUAAAAGCAAAGGAUAUGGACAGACAUGGUGUAAUUAGGGUUAGGGUAGGCAUUACAGGAAUUGGAGUUGUCGUUUUGUAUCUCUAUGAACUUAUGACGAGCCAUUUAAUUGUAUUCUUAAGUUGAUCAUUUGUGAUAUAGAGUCUCUGACCAUUGUGAGUGAGAAGAUUUUUGUUCUUUCACUGUCUUCAAUGUAUUAUUCCAACCCUUACUAAAGUAUUUGUUAUCUCAAUAACUAAACACUAAAAAGAAGAUCAUUUGACAGUAAAAAA